ACAAGAAGACAGCACAGUGAAAACGGUGUUAAUUGUUAUUGUUAGCAUAGAUUAUUCAGUUAAUGCAAGUAGAUGGUGCAGGUGUUCAUCAAAGAAAACACGUUUGAAUUUUGAAUGCAGUUCUGUUCAAGCUGCAACCAGCAUAGACACUUGCAACAGAACGGAAAUAUGAACGAUGCAGAGACGCCCACCACGACUCGAAAGCAUGGAACUGGAAGUUCACGCGAGCUUCAGGCUCCGAAGAAUGAAGAGUCUUAUGAGAUCUCCAUCCCGUUUGAGGAGAACAACUUUGAGCAAUCUGCCGGCUUUUACAAUCAGAACGAACAGAACUUUGAAGGUGCUGAAGCCCCAACCCCAGGGAGCUCCUACCUGUUGAUCACAAACCUGCGCACACAGCUGCAGAUCUCCCUGGAGAAGAACUCGUGGUUGCAGAAACGCAUCGAGGACCUGGAGGAGGAGAGAGACUUCCUGCGGUGCCAACUGGACCGCUUCAUCUCCUGCACCAAGAGCCAGGAGAGCAAUGGUAACGACUGCAGAAGCUUCUCGUGGAAGCGGCGACGAGAGAGUGAGCGAGACCAGCAGUCUGAAGGCCAACGACCUGCCACCCGCCAAUCAUUCCAACAGCGGCCCGCCUCCCAGCCCUCAGCCAACGCCAAAGCUAUGGGCUCGGGACCAGCCAAUAAUCAGAUGAGCUCCAUCUUUGGCUCCUCCCACUCUCAGUCCCUCAGCAGCAGCUGCGUAAACAACAGAUCAAUGAAUGACCUGUCAGAGUCUCUCUCACUCAUUGGAGAUGAAGAAGCAGAGUUUCUGGAGGACAACUAUCUGGAGGAAGAGGAAAUGAUGUCGGGACAGGAAAUGAUGUCGGAGACCAUGACUCUGCGCAACAUGGGGGCAGGAGGGCAGAACAACAGUGGCAUGAAGAGGAGACGGGUGUUCCGCAUCUCCCGGGGAAGGGAGCGACAGAGAGUCAAAGAUCCCACAGGGGUGCUGUUCCGCUACAAGAAGAUCCUUGUGACCUAUCAGCGCCUGAAGAACAUGUCCAAGGCCUUUCAGAUCCAUGGCGUGGACCGCAACACGGUGGCGUCCACUACUCCUAUAGCGGAGCUGCUGCUGGUCGCCCCGGAGAAGGUGGCGGAGGUCGGGGAGUUCGACCCAUCCAAGGAGAAGCUGCUGGACUACGCCCGCCGCUGCUUCAUCGCCCUGGACCCACAGACCCUCAGCAAAGUGCAGGCCCUGAAGAAGAACAACUUGCUGCUGCCCAUCUCGUACAGGUUGAAAAGCACAGACCCGCCACGGUAGUGGUCUCCUGUGGUCCCCAUCCCUCCUGCUGUACCCUAAUGCAUCACACUGUAUUUUAAUGUCCUGCCAUGGACCUCUCCUCCCAUCCUCUGUACCAUACUGAUGCAGCCCACAGCCGUGGAGGUGCUGAGCAUCAAUACUGGAGUCGGUUGACGUGCCUGCCCCCCAGCCCUGCGUACUGUGAUGUACUCUCCUACUGGUGUGUGUGUGUGUGUGUGUGUGUGUGUGUGUGUGUAUCCUCAGCUAAAGCUCUCCUCUUCAUAGCUUUUACCAGGGGCCUGUGUUUUGCAGUUAUGGUCCCUUAAAACACUGGUUUACCGCACGUGGCCCCGUCAUGGUGAAUUUAGUAGAGGUAGGCAUUUGGAAGAGCUUCACCGAUCUGUUGUAUCAUUGACUGAUAGAAUGCCUAGUUUUAUUGUAACUAUGUUUGAGAUGGUAACAAGCUUAAUGUCGAAUGUAAUGUCACACGCAGUCUCAAGUGAAAUUUUUAUUGCCUGUUUUAUUUUCUUUGUUUUUAUUAAGUUUUAGGGACCUAUGUUUAUUGAAAUGUUUUCAGUGGACAACGUUGUAGGAGUGUAGAUUUUGAAAAGUACCUUUAUGAACUAUGAUUAUGUACAUGCAGACAUUAGAUAGCCACAAAUCCACUCCUCUAACCCAACCUUAUAUAUUGGCCAUUUUUGAAAUACCUCAGUGUUCAGGCUAUUUUUAAGUUGAAUUUUUAUUUUUGUACUGGGACCUCAAUACAGGUAAUGUUGGUGACGGGACACAGUUUUUACAAUCUCUCUCUCUCUCUCUCACACUCUCUCUCACACACACACACACACACACACACACACACACACACACACACACACACACAGGGAA